UCGUCCUCCGCCGCAAGCUACCCCAGCCCGUGAAGUUCCACUUACUCCUCCUCUCCGUAGCCAGCACUAUGGGUCGCGUUCGCACCAAGACGACGAAGCGGGCUUCCCGAGUAAUUAUCGAGAAGUACUAUCCGCGCCUUACGCUCGACUUCCACACCAACAAGCGUACCAUCGAUGAAGUGGCAGUUGUCCCCUCCAAGCGUCUGCGCAACAAGAUUGCCGGAUUUACGACCCAUUUGAUGAAGCGUAUACAGCGAGGUCCCGUCCGUGGUAUCUCGUUCAAGCUGCAGGAGGAGGAGCGUGAGCGGAAGGACAAUUACGUUCCGGAGAUCUCGGCUCUUGACACCAGCGUAAACGGUCUGGAGGUGGACCCUGACACUGAGGCACUACUCCGUUCUCUCAACUUUGAUUCCAUCCCUCACAGCGUCGUCCAGCCUGUUGUCGCCCAGCCCGAGCGAGGCCCGCGACGUGAGCGGCGGAAUGUUCCCGGUGCUGGCCGCUCAUGA